UAUAAAAAGGCUAGAAUCACACAAUAUUGGAUUCCAAAAGAAGGAGACAAGGAUAUGACUAACAAUGGUAAAAGGGUCACCUUAAAUGGCCCCAAGACAAAAUCUUUGAAGGAUGAAGAUGGCAAAACGAUUGCUAAGGUUUCAAAGAGCACCUAUGAAAAAUUUCAGAUGGAGGGCACUGGUUUGCUCAAGUCAGGUGUCAUGGUCAACUUGGACGGUGAUAUGGAUGAAUUCAUGAAGAUUGAUCGUUCAAAGACGCCUUACGGUUUAGGCUCCAAUAGUAACGGCUUGACUCCAUGGGUGAGCGUGGCAACAAAUGAUAUCAAAAAGGGGACAACCUUAUACGUCAAGGAAUUAGAUGGCUUGAAAUUACCGGAUGGUAAAACUCAUAACGGCUGUGUUCGAGUAGAUGAUGAAGGCUGGAGUCUUAAUGGUUGUCAGCUCGAUUUCUUUGUCCUUCAAUAUAGCGCUUAUCGAAAUUUAGUCGAUAAAAUUCCGAGUAAAGUAACUGUAACUGAAAAAAAGUGUACUAUAAAAAAUUACGUUACA